UGUGCAAACGGGGAAGAUGGCGGCCGGCGGCGGCGGAGGCAGCAGUAAGGCCUCCUCCUCGUCGGCCUCUUCGGCAGGGGCCCUGGAGUCCUCGUUGGAUCGAAAAUUCCAGUCGGUAACUAACACCAUGGAAUCUAUUCAAGGCUUGUCGUCUUGGUGUAUAGAGAACAAGAAACACCACACUACUAUCGUCUACCAUUGGAUGAAGUGGCUCCGGAGAUCUGCCUAUCCCCACCGUUUGAAUCUCUUUUACCUCGCCAAUGAUGUCAUACAGAACUGCAAAAGGAAAAACGCAAUCAUUUUCCGUGAAUCAUUUGCUGAUGUCCUUCCUGAAGCAGCUGCUCUAGUGAAGGAUCCAUCUGUCUCUAAGUCUAUAGAACGAAUCUUCAAAAUCUGGGAAGAUAGAAAUGUGUACCCAGAAGAAAUGAUUAUGGCAUUGAGAGAAGCUUUGAGUACCACUUUCAAAACUCAGAAGCAGCUGAAAGAAAAUCUGAACAAACAACCGAAUAAGCAGUGGAAGAAAUCACAAACAUCCACGAAUCCAAAAGCUGCUCUCAAGUCUAAGAUAGUUGCAGAAUUUCGAUCCCAGGCCCUCAUUGAAGAACUGUUGUUGUACAAGCGCUCAGAAGAUCAGAUAGAAUUGAAGGAAAAACAGCUGUCAACCAUGAGGGUGGAUGUGUGCAGCACAGAAACUCUCAAAUGUUUAAAAGAUAAGACAGGUGGAAAGAAGUUCUCCAAAGAAUUUGAAGAGGCAAGUUCCAAGCUCGAGGAAUUUGUGAAUGGAUUAGAUAAGCAGGUGAAAAAUGGGCCCUCACUAACAGAAGCACUGGAAAAUGCUGGAAUUUUCUAUGAAGCACAGUACAAAGAAGUAAAAGUGGUGGCCAAUGCAUAUAAAACCUUUGCUAAUCGAGUGAACAAUUUAAAGAAAAAGCUGGAUCAAUUGAAGUCAACCCUUCCUGAUCCUGAAGAAUCACCAGUCCCUUCCCCAAGCAUGGAUGCUCCUUCUCCAACUGGUUCUGAGUCUCCUUUUCAGGGAAUGGGAGGUGAGGAAUCCCAGUCACCAGCCAUGGAGAGUGAGAAAUCUGCCACACCUGAGCCUGUGACAGAUAAUCGUGAUGUAGAAGACAUGGAACUCUCAGAUGUGGAAGAUGAUGGGUCAAAAAUCAUUGUAGAGGACAGGAAGGAAAAACCUGUGGAGAAGUCAGCUGUAUCUACUUCUAUGUCUACAAAGCCAACAGAAAGUAUCUCAAAGGCCUCUUCAUGUACCCCAGUGCCUGUGACCAUGACAGCAACCCCACCUCUUCCAAAGCCUGUGAAUACUUCUCUCCUGUCCCCUUCUCCAGCGUUGGCUUUGCCAAACCUGGCUAAUGUGGAUCUGGCAAAGAUCAGUUCUAUCCUUAGCAGCCUAACAUCAGUCAUGAAAAAUACUGGGGUCAGUCCUGCAUCAAGACCGUCUCCAGGAACGCCUACAAGUCCCAGCAACCUUAGCAGUGGCCUGAAAACACCUGCACCUGCCCCGACAACAUCUCACAAUCCUCUGGCAAAUAUCCUCUCAAAGGUGGAGAUCACCCCAGAGAGCAUUCUGUCUGCUCUUUCCAAAACCCAGACACAGUCAGCCCCAGCACUGCAAGGCCUGUCAUCUUUACUUCAAAGUGUUACUGGGAACCCAGUCCCAGCCAGUGAAGCUGCAUCCCAGAGCACUUCAGCUUCCCCUGCCAACACCACAGUCGCUAGCAUAAAAGGAAGAAAUCUGCCCUCCAAUAAUACCCAAUCCUUUAUUCCCAAAAGCUUCAGUUAUUCUCCUAAUUCAUCAACUUCUGAAGUCUCUUCAACAUCAGCCAGCAAGGCCUCAAUUGGGCAAAGCCCAGGGCUCCCAAGCACUACUUUUAAGCUUCCAUCCAACUCUAUUGGGUUUACAGGAACCCACACUACUAACCCUGCUGCCCCACCUACUGAAGUUGCCAUGUGCCAAUCUUCAGAGAUCUCCAAGCCAAAGCUGGAGUCCGAGUCCACCUCUCCAAGCCUGGAAAUGAAGAUCCACAACUUCUUAAAAGGUAAUCCUGGUUUCAGUGGCUUAAACUUAAACAUCCCAAUCCUGAGCAGCUUGGGGUCCAGUGCCCCAACAGAAAGCCACCCCUCAGACUUCCAGCGUGGCCCUACUAGCACGUCAAUCGACAACAUUGACGGAACCCCUGUGCGGGAUGAAAGGAGUGGGACACCCACCCAGGAUGAGAUGAUGGACAAGCCCACAUCCAGCAGUGUAGACACGAUGUCCCUGCUUUCUAAGAUCAUUAGCCCUGGUUCCUCAACACCCAGCAGUACAAGAUCACCACCCCCUGGGAGAGAGGAAAGCUAUCCCCGGGAACUCUCCAAUUCUGUACCUACAUAUCGACCUUUUGGCCUGGGCAGUGAAUCACCCUAUAAGCAGCCUUCUGAUGGAUUGGAGAGACCAUCUUCCCUGAUGGACUCUUCGCAGGAAAAGUUCUAUCCAGAUACUUCUUUCCAGGAAGAUGAGGAUUACCGAGAUUUUGAGUAUUCAGGGCCUCCACCCUCUGCCAUGAUGAACCUAGAGAAGAAGCCAGCCAAGUCUAUCCUGAAGUCAAGCAAGCUUUCUGAUACCACCGAAUACCAGCCAAUCCUCUCCAGUUAUAGCCACAGGGCCCAAGAAUUUGGGGUAAAGUCUGCCUUCCCUCCAUCUGUAAGGGCCCUCCUGGACUCUAGUGAGAAUUGUGACCGUCUGUCCUCUUCUCCUGGGCUCUUUGGUGCCUUCAGCAUAAGAGGGAGUGAACCGGGGUCUGACCGGUCACCAUCACCGAGUAAGAAUGAUUCAUUUUUCACCCCUGACUCCAACCACAGUAGCUUGUCUCAGUCUACCACUGGGCAUCUCGGUUUGCCACAGAAGCAAUACCCAGACCCUCCUCACCCAGUCCCACAUCGUUCCCUUUUCUCUCCGCAGAAUACCCUUGCCGCUCCCACGGGCCACCCACCCACACCAGGCGUGGAGAAAGUCCUGGCCCCCACCAUUUCCACCACGUCGACGAUUGAGUUUAAGAAUAUGCUUAAAAACGCCUCCCGAAAGCCCUCAGACGAUAAGCAUUUUGGCCAGGCACCCAGCAAGGGCACUUCAAGUGAUGGUGUCAGUCUCUCAAACCUCGCCCAGCCCAGCUUGACAGCCACUGAUCAGCAGCAACAAGAAGAGCACUACCGCAUAGAAACCCGAGUCUCCUCCUCCUGCUUAGACUUGCCUGAUAGCACCGAAGAGAAGGGAGCCCCUAUAGAAACCUUGGGUUAUCAUAAUGCAUCCAAUAGGAGGAUGUCAGGGGAGCCGAUACAGACCGUAGAGUCUGUCCGAGUUCCUGGGAAGGGAAAUAGAGGACACGGGCGUGAGGCUUCAAGGGUGGGUUGGUUUGAUCUGAGCACCUCAGGCAGCUCCUUUGACAAUGGCCCCUCAAGUGCCUCUGAGUUGGCAUCCCUUGGGGGUGGGGGCAGCGGAGGCCUCACUGGCUUUAAAGCGGCACCAUACAAGGAACGGGCACCCCAAUUUCAGGAAAGUGUCGGCAGCUUCCGUUCCAACAGUUUCAACUCAACAUUUGAGCAUCAUCUCCCCCCAUCCCCCUUGGAACAUGGGACACCCUUCCAGAGAGAGCCAGUGGGGCCAUCAUCUGCCCCACCUGCCCCUCCUAAGGAUCAUGGUGGUAUCUUCUCUCGAGAUGCACCCACUCAUCUACCCUCUGUGGAUCUUUCGAACCCCUUCACAAAGGAGGCGGCCCUGACCCAUGCUGCCCCACCCCCUCCUCCUGGAGAGCACAGCGGAGUUCCUUUCCCCACCCCACCCCCUCCUCCACCCCCUGGGGAACAUAGCAGCAGUGGUGGGAGUGGUGUUCCCUUUUCUGCUCCACCUCCUCCUCCACCCCCUGUUGACCACUCCGGGGUUGUACCCUUCCCAGCCCCACCACUGGCAGAGCACGGAGUGGCGGGAGCUGUGGGAGUAUUUCCCAAGGACCAUAGUUCCCUCCUUCAAGGGACCCUGGCUGAGCAUUUUGGGGUGCUCCCAGGACCCAGGGACCAUGGGGGCCCCACCCAACGGGACCUCAACGGCCCUGGCCUUAGCCGUGUACGAGAGAGCCUCAGCCUACCCUCCCAUUCUCUGGAGCACCUGGGCCCAGCCCAUGGAGGAGGAGGUGGGGGAGGCAGCAACAGCAGCAGUGGCCCCCACUUGGGUCCCUCACACAGAGACGCCAUCAGCCGGAGUGGUAUGAUUUUGCGGAAUCCCCGGCCAGACUUUCGGCCUAGGGAACCUUUUCUCAGCAGAGACCCGUUCCACAGUCUAAAGAGACCCAGGCCACCUUUUGCUAGGGGCCCUCCGUUCUUUGCACCAAAACGCCCAUUCUUCCCUCCCAGGUACUGAUGGAAACCAAGGGAAAAGCAUUUUGAACCAGUCUAGAGAGCAUUGGAAGUAGGAGUUUGGUUUAUUGUUGUUUUUAUUUGUUUUCCUUCCUUUGAUUUAUUUUUUUUUAAUGACAAAGGGCCUCCCUUCCAAAUUAAAAAGUCAUACAUGCUUCCAUUUCACUAUUCCAUCCAGUCCUCCUUCCCACUGCACUUACCAACCUUCCCCAAGCUACUUGUAUUUUAAAGGGGGCGGAGGGGGGGGGACAAAGAAACACAACCAAAGCCACUUCACUUGGCUGGGGGUUUGAGGGGUGGGGAGGAAAACAAAUCUUAUUUUACCCCAUUUAUUGAAGAGUAUUAUUACAUUUGAAAUAAAACUUCCAUCAGUACAGAGAAUAAUAUGUGCAAUGUUGGGAUGUUAUUUUGGGUUUGGCUUAUCACGUAGUCAAUAGAAGGACUCCUGUCCCCUUCUCUCUCCCAUUAAGUAACUGCUGUGACCAGCGUGGCCCCCUUUCCUGUAUGCUCUGUGCGCUGCUGACAGGCCAAAAGAUGUUGCAAGGGAAGAUAGGUGGGAGACCAUGGACCUGUCGAGGUUGUUUGUUUUGUUUUUAAAGACAUACUGAAGUUGGGUUCUUUACCUUUCUCCUAAAAUCUUAAUUUAAAAAAAAUCAGCCUCUUCUAAAGGACUAUCCAUCAUUAAUUUUGAGGGAGAUACAGAUCUCAUUCUAUCCUAGUAAAAAUUACCCCCCUUUAUCCUUGGAAUGAAAGAGCGGGGACUGGCUAUAAUCUCCAGGUUAAAAUAAGGUAUAGCUCCAGUACAGAGUAGAGAAAGGAACCGGUAAGCGGUGCACUGUGACCUGCCCAUCCCUCAUAAACGAGAAUGGGAGACUUUCUGAGGUAGUUUGACAUGUCUUGCCCCAAGCUCUUGCUUCGUGUCUUGCUUGCUUGCUUGACUUUUUCUCCCUCAAUUUUCACUUCUGCUUUGGCCGGAAAGAAAGUCAUUACAGAUGACAGUUGAUACAAAGACGCAACUAAAAUAUUAUCCCUGUAUUUUUUAAAUGUAAAAGGUAGACAUUUUUACCAUGGUGCCUCCCUAAUGUAAGUGAUACUUGUUGGUGGUUUUUAGCAAGGGUUAACUACUAGGGAAAGGGAACUAUUGGCUUGUAUCUUUCUUUCCUCCUUGCCCUAGUCCUGUAUUUAGCCCUGUUCUUGGUAUUUCAAAGGAGAGGUUCAGUAGUAUCUUUCAAUGCUUUACACCUCUUUAGGUGUGUCUUAAUGACAAGUGGGUAUCACUGUACAUACCUUUACAGAGAACCAGGAGGACCUGAGAAAUCCAGAUUUACCCCAUUCUACAGCCAGCACAUUUGAAGGCUCAAGCCUUAUCCUCACCUUCCACUCCCAAUAGGAAAUAAAGAUUUCUGCCCUUAGUCAUUUUACACGAGAAGGGUGUGCUUUCCUUCUCCCCAAACUGAAAGAAAGGCUUCUUUGUAUUUCUACAACUAGUACUGGGAAAAAAGACAAUCAGUACGCUUUGAGUGUUUAUAACUUUCUAUCUGGGAAUACUGAAAAGCAAAGAUUGCUUUACUAUUAUUUUGUAUUAUUUAGUGUCUUACCCCAAGGUAUACACACUGGUA